AUGACAUCACAACUAUUGGCAGACUGCAGUAUGCAGGAAGAGCAGCAAAUGAGUUACCUGGUUGUGUUGCUCCUCAUCGCAUCGGGCGCGUUGGGUGAGGUGACGGAGUGCAGCGGCGGUUCCAACGGCGCAACGCCGGCGUCAACAGAGCACACCGCUCGGGAAGGAAAGGGUUGGUCAGAGUACCCUAAAGUGGUGGUACUCCAGCCGAUUACAACGGAGUCCUCCGCAGAACCUUCGCGCCUGACUCCUAUAAAGAGUGUUUGCAUGAUGAAGGUGGACUGCGCCGACAUCAGCCCUAUUGACCACGACGAGGAGCUUCAGAGGGACGAGGAGUAUCAGGACGCGCCAAGCACUGUCCAGGAAACACCAACAGCUGCAUCGUCAAGUACCGGUUCUCCAAAGCCGACACCACCUCCCGUGCCGUGCACUGUCGAAAUACAAGUGCUGCAGACGUUCCGCGGCCAGUGCGUGCGGAUGGGCCAGCACUUCGGCGGCUGCCGCGCGGGGCCGUUCGUGUCGCCGCUUCAGCCCCCCUGCCACCCCCCGCCACAACACUAG